AUGUACCAGUUUAAGGUAAACACUACUCUGGUCGCUGAAUUUGUUCUCUUGGGAUUUCAGAAUUUACACGGUCUGCAAUGCUUAAUCUUCCUCCUUGUUCUGAUGAUGUACUGCAUGACAAUAUGCGGGAACCUCAUGAUCAUCUCAUUAGUGUCCUACAGUAAGAACCUCCAGUCCCCCAUGUACUUCUUCCUGACACAGCUGUCCCUAUCUGACAUCUUACUGACAACGGACAUUGUGCCUAACAUGCUUCGCAUUGUCCUACAUGGGGUGACUACUAUAUCUUUCAAGGGGUGCAUUACCCAGUUUUAUUUCUUCUCAUUUUCAGAAUGUCUACAGUGUCUUCUUCUGACGGUGAUGUCUUAUGACAGAUAUUUAGCCAUAUGUAAACCAUUAAGUUAUAUCUCUGUAAUGAACAGUAUGUUAUGCCUGAUAUUAAUUAUUAUGUCUUGGUUAUUAAGCAUUUCUAUAUCACUGAUUAACACAGUGUCUUUAGGUUCCUUGCAGUUUUGUGGACCAAACAUCAUCGAUCAUUUCUUCUGUGAUUACACACCCUUAAUAAAACUAUCUUGCUCAGAUACAUUCAUUGUGAAACUAGAAGUCACUCUUCUAAGCUUUCCUGUAAUUGUCUUCCCAUUUUUAAUGAUCACUGUAUCCUACGCUCGAAUUAUCUUGGUUAUACUAAGAAUCCCAUCUGUUAAUGGGAGGCAGAAAGCCUUCUCCACCUGCAGCUCCCACCUGACCGUUGUGUUCACUUAUUACAUCACACUAAUAUCUAUGUAUGGUCUUCCAGCAAGAGGACCAUCACUGUACUCAAGCAAAGUCACUUCAUUGCUCUAUACAAUGGCUAUUCCAUUAUUCAAUCCAAUCAUUUACAGCUUGAGAAAUAAAGACAUGAAGGUUGCUUUACUAAAGGCUAUUGAUAGUUCCAUGGAAUGUUAUUCUAAUAUGUUUUGA